GCCUCAAUCAGGACCCCACUGACUCCCCUCUCCGCCCCCCCGCAGCCCCCCCCGGCUCGUGCCCGCCGCUGCCCCCCCGGGACUGCCAGGACGUGCACGCGGGGGGCGCGCGCUCCGACGGCGUCCACCUCAUCUACCCUGCAGGGGGCGCCGCCGCGCCCGUGCCCGUCUACUGCGACAUGAGCACGGAGGGGCACGUCUGGACGGUGUUCCAGAAGCGCUUCAACGGCUCCGUGAGCUUCUUCCGCGGCUGGGAUGACUACAAGAGGGGCUUCGGGAGGGCCGACGGCGAGUACUGGCUGGGCCUGCAGACCCUGCACCUGCUGACCCUGCAGGCCCCCUACGAGCUGCGCGUGGAGCUCGAGGACUUCCAGAACAACUCGGCCGCCGCCACCUACGGCUCCUUCGCGCUGGCGCCGGGCGCAGUGAGCGCCGAGGAGGACGGGUACAGCCUGCACGUGCAGGGCUUCCGCGACGGGGGCGCAGGGGACGCCCUGAGCUACCACCACGGGCAGAAGUUCUCGACGUUCGACCGGGACCAGGACCUGUUCGCCCAGAGCUGCGCCGCGCUCUCCUCGGGGGCCUGGUGGUUCCGCAGCUGCCACCUCUCCAACCUCAACGGCUUCUACCUGGGGGGGGCGCACCUCUCCUACGGCAACGGCCUCAACUGGGCGCGCUGGAAGGGCUUCCACUACUCGCUCAAGCGCAGCGAGAUGAAGAUCCGCCGCCUCUGACGGCGCCCCACAGCGCCCCCCAACAGCGCCCCCUG